CUCGUACUCAACACAAGAUGGCAGAGUACACGCUCUACUCCUCCCCCUUCUCCUUCUACUCUAUGAUGGCCCGCCACACUAUCCAACUCGGGCCCAUAACGCGUGACGCGCGGCCUCCCCAGAAGAUCACACUUAGCUUUGUCAACCACCGCAAGAACGAGAAUCUAAAGGAGCAUUACCUCCUCACGGUGAACCCCAACGGCCAGAUUCCUGCGAUGACUGGCAAUGUCCUCGAGCAGCCACUUACCGAUAGUCUCUCCAUCUCACUAUACCUGGCUGAGAAGCACUACCCAGCCAUGCUGCCAGCAGAACAUGCCACUAUCAUCAGGGACCUCCUUGAGAGGAUCCAUGCCAUCCAUGGCCCAUCAUACAGCAACAAGAACCCAACAGCAGAGAUGAAGCAGCAUAACCCUUCACCUGUGGAGGAUAUCCUCAGGAAGAAUGGCCUCAGCCCGGAAUACCGCACGGCUCUUGAGGCCAAGCUCAGAUUCCACAACAAGAACUACGGCGUAGCUUUCCGGCCAGCCGUUGUGGCCAAAGCCCACACCGACCUGAAGACCAUCUUUGAAGAGAUCAUAGAGCACCGCAGGCAAAGCGGUGCUUCCGACACCGCGGCCGAAUGGACCUUUGGCACCCAGGUGGGCCCCACUGUGCUUGACAGCCAUCUCCUUCCGCUUGUGCUGCGCUGCAUUGAUGCGGGCAAUGCUGAACUUGUUCCCCCGGAGCUGCAGCGCUGGGCUGGGGUUAAGGUAAAAAGCCCUGCGUGGCAAAAGGUUAUGCAUGGCAGGCCGACAGUGUGGAACCCUUCGAUGGGUCCCAUUGAGGAUAUGCAGGAGAUGAUGACCCUGUGAGACUCGUGACUAGGUAGCCAGGCUCAUCUUAUUGAAGAGCAAAUUGAGUAAACAUGGAGAUAUUCAUGAGGCUCCCUGCUAUGCUAUGUCCCACAUUUCAGCAAGAUUCUUGAUCGACUGAGAUGCAGCCAUAUGUUUUUUUUUUUUUUUU